UAUAGCGAUUCACCGAGUCGGGGAAGGUAAAGUACUAAGCGCUAAGCUUCAACUUAGAGCUGGGGUUCCACUUUGGGAACCCUAUUAUUAGAUCGCUUUGUUGAAUUAACUACAUAGCAUGUUGCACUACUUCUACUAACUAAAGCAUAGAUGCUCAGAUUUGCUACAAGGUAUGGUUCCAAUGGAGUGUCUUCGUGGCUCAGGCAGCCAUAUUGUCGUUAUGGGGUCCACGCAAGAACCACCCUGCGUGCCCGCAUGAUAUCCGGUGACUCCUUCGGUGCUCUGACGGACGUCGAGAAAAUAAUGCUGGAUAGUGUCAAGGCAACAGGUCCUAUAUCAUUCUCCACGUUCAUGCAACUUAGUCUUGGGCACCCUACAUAUGGAUACUACAUGAAGCCGGAACACGCUGUAUUUGGCACUCAAGGUGACUUCGUCACCAGUCCUGAGAUUAGCCAGAUGUUUGGUGAGCUUGUUGCGUUAUGGAUGAUAAAGCAGUGGAUGGACACGAAUGUUAAGGUACCCUUUCGAGUGGUAGAACUCGGGCCUGGUAGGGGGACGCUUAUGGAAGACAUAAUUCGGGUGAGUGAUAUUGAGCGGGUGGUUAUUUACUUCUCGCCGUCUUCUUUCCAGGUCUUGAACCAGCUUCCUGCCACACCUGGAAAACUAAAGAGUGUUCACCUUGUUGAGAGCAGUGUAAGCAUGCGUGCUUCGCAAGAAGGCAAGCUUCGCAAGGCUUCUCAGGAGGACGGUUUCGAGAUCAUGUGGCAUGAUGCAAUCGAAGAAAUUGAGCACGAGGAAGAUGUCUUCACUAUGCUGGUUGCUCAUGAAUUUUUCGAUGCACUUCCCGUGAACGUCAUCGAGAGAACUCAACAAGGCUGGAACGAAGUGCUAAUUGCCCCCUCAAGUGAUCCAAGCAUUAAAUAUACCAUGCCUUCUUCAGAGUCAGACUCAAAGCCAGUCUCUCCCCCGCAAUUUCAACCCAUGUCUUCGCGUUGGACGCGUGUUCUCUCGCCAAGUCCAACGGGAUCAUCGACCCUCCUCGGACUUGCAUCUCCUCGGUUCUCUUCGCUCCCCAUUGGGACGCGUAUAGAGGUAUCCAGAGCGUCCAUGAAUCACGCACGGAAUAUUGGGAAACUCAUCGGUACCAAGGGUGGAGGAUGCGCGCUGAUCGUCGACUAUGGUGCAGACAAAGCGUUUGGCGAUUCCUUGCGGGCAUUCAAACAGCAUAAAAUUGUUGAUCUCUUCUGCCGUCCCGGAGAGUGUGACGUUACGGCGAAUGUCGAUUUUGGAUUGCUGAAAGAGUCCAUGGCUGACCUGGUCUCGACGCAUGGCCCGAUUUCCCAACGCGAUUUUCUCACGCGCAUGGGCAUAGAAAUACGAGCUGGCGCUCUUAUGCGUUCGGCUUCCUCUCCAGAGAGGAAGAAGGCGAUCGAAGAAGGCGCAAAUAGGCUCGUUGAUCCGCUUGGGAUGGGUGAGCAGUACAAGGUGCUUGGAGUUGUUGCGAAAAGUAGCGAAGAAGGCCAAGCUGUUGAUGAGGUUUGGCCAUUCACUAAUACUGCAAGUACACAUCCAUAAUCAAGGUAGUCAUCACAGCAACUCAUUUCAUCGUCUACUGGGAUACAUGCAAGUACAUAGUCCCUUACACUACAUGGUAAUGGGAAUAACCAACAGCGUACAUCAAGAUAUAUACAAUAUAACAGAAUUGUAGAUUGUGUCUGACAGGGUGCUGCCCCGAUGGACAAAUAACCAAAAUAAAAAGAUCAGCCGUGUACUACGUUAAAAUUGCCCGGCUCGCCAUGAGCCUACGAUUUAUGAGUAGUGAGCCUUGAUAACAUCGGCCAACUUCUCGGCGGUUGCAAUAACCGCACCGGCCUGGAUCUCUGUCAGCUUUCACAAGGAGCUUUCAGAGCUUCUACUCACCGGGUGUCCUGAGACCAGUUUGGGGAAAACACUUGCAUCACACACUCGAAGACCCUGAGUGCCUUUGACACGCAAGUCCGAG